AUGUUGUUUAAAUGGAUUUUCGUGUGGUUUAUUGUUAUGUUUCUAACAAAAAGUGCACUUUCCUCUGAAUUAAAAGAACUGGUGGUUAGGGUAGUGGGAGGACCUUUUGUUGCACAAUUAUUGGCACAAGAAACAGGAUAUUAUUACAAAGGACCUGUACGAGGAUUUGUAGACACCUACAUAUUCAUACCACUUCCAAACGUAUACCCAACACACAGUAAAAGAGGAGAAAAAGUAGAAAAACGUUUAGUUGAAGAUGACAGGGUUAUCUGGGCCGAGGAGCAACAUAUACAAGAAAGGCAUAAAAGAGAUUUUCUCGAUAUAGAUCCAGCCGACGUGCCCCAUGAGAGGGUUAAACGUUUGGACAACGAUCGAAGAACAAUUUAUAAAAGACCUCCUCCGAUCAACAAAAACGAUAAAAUAUUCAACGAUGAACUUUGGACUCAGGAAUGGUAUUUGCAAGACACCCGAACAAGGCCAGAUUUACCCAAAUUAGAUUUAAAUGUAUUACCAGUGUAUAAAGCAGGAAUAACAGGAAAAGGUGUCAGAGUAAGCAUUCUGGAUGAUGGCAUAGAAUAUACACAUCAGGAUCUGAUAGAAAAUUAUGAUCCAGAUAUUAGUUGGGAUUGCAAUGAUGAUGACAAUGAUCCGACACCCAGAUAUGACAACCAUAAAUCAAAUAGCCAUGGAACAAGAUGUGCAGGUGAAGUAUCCAUGAUGGCAAACAAUAAGAAAUGCGGAGUUGGUAUAGCAUUUAAUUCUAGAAUUGGAGGAAUUCGUAUGUUAGAUGGUUUAGUAACAGACCGAAUUGAAGGUUCAGGGCUUAGCUACGGACGAGAUUUAAUAGAUAUUUACAGCGCCUCUUGGGGGCCUAAAGACGAUGGAAAAACUGUAGAUGGACCCGGACGUUUAGCUAGAGAAGCAUUAGAAAGAGGUGUUAAAGAGGGUCGAGGAGGAAAAGGAUCAAUUUAUGUUUGGGCAUCUGGUAAUGGAGGAAGUAAAGGAGACAAUUGUAAUUGUGAUGGUUAUCUGGCUAGUAUUUAUACAAUUUCAAUUGGAAGUGCUUCUCAAAGAGGGGAAUUUCCUUGGUAUGGGGAAGCGUGUGCUUCUACUCUUGCUGUUACUUAUUCUUCUGGGGCUUAUAAAGAUCAAAUGAUAGCAACAACAGAUUUAAAUAAUGAAUGCACAAUCAAACAUACUGGAACAUCAGCUUCUGCACCUUUAGCAGCUGGAAUAAUUGCUUUGGCAUUGGAAAUUAAUCCAAAUUUAACAUGGAGAGACGUUCAACAUAUCAUCGUUUGGACUUCCGAACCAGCUCCAGUUUUAGAUAACGAAGGUUGGCAACAAAAUGCGGCCGGUUUUUGGGUUAAUACGAAAUUCGGAUAUGGCCUAAUGAACGCAUAUGGAUUUGUCAAAACAGCAUCUAACUGGACCCGAGUACCGGAAAAAUCUAUAUGUUCUAUACGCUAUGAAUCUCAUAACGCAACAAUAUCAUAUGGAAAUCCUGCUACAAUGCAUAUACACACAACAGGAUGUAGAAACACUGAUCAAGAGGUAGUUUAUUUAGAACAUCUUCAACUUAGAACCACAAUCGAAUAUAGUGUAAGGGGAGCUCUUGAAAUCAAAAUAACUUCUCCCUCUGGUACAGAAGUGCAACUCUUAACGCCAAGGAAACUAGAUAAAAGUACACUGGGAUUCAUCGAUUGGACAUUCAUGUCUGUUAUGACAUGGGGAGAAGAAGUUGAAGGUACUUGGGUUGUGAAAAUAUUAGACAAUGUGGGUCCGGAAGGUAAUAAAGGUUAUAUUGGAAAUACUGUUUUAAUUUUACAUGGAACCAAAACCAAACCUGAACAUAUGAAAAGGGGACAAAGAAACUAUAAUCAUAACUACAACAGUGUAAACAACAAGUUUUAUAAAAACUCGUUAAAAAUGCACACAUAUUAUGAUAAUUCAUUAGAGGACAAUUCUGAAUUUUAUGAUUAUGCAGAUUUUUAAAAAUAUGUUUUUAACUUAUUUAAUUAUGUUUAUUAGUGUAUCAAGUUUUGAAAGUGUUAAAAUAUAUUGUUGACGUGUAAAUUUUAAAAUAAAUUUAUUUAUGAAACAGCUUUGUAAAUUAAAAAUUAUUAAUAAACAAUAGAAUUAA